AAGCCAUAUAAAGUUCUGCUAUAGAAUAUGCUGGGAUUUAAAACGAAGAUGGACAAUUUGACAAUGUUGAAUGAGAGCUUCAUUAUGGAGUUAUACACCGGACAAAGAAUUGUUUGCAUUGUUUUUAAUACAGCAAUGCUUCUGAUUAUGAUGUACUUCAUCGCAGUUUUGUCGGUUUACGAGUACAGAGUAAAGAUGCAAAACUCUACAUUUAACUGUCAAAGGUCGCUUCUUAUACGCGACCGAGUCGCAGACCUUAUGAGGCGUUUUGGUUUCGCGGGUUGUGUCUUUACACUGGUACGGGUAUUGACGACAUACCCCGAGCUAGCGCACUGGGACCUAUCAACGGCGACUUGUACCGGACUUCGAAAAACGGCGACCAUCUUGUCGGGGAUUAUCCUAGUCUCCGUGUACCUGAUUUUAUGGCUUAGACAGCGAGCACUUUACAGAAUAUCCGCAAUAUCGGCAUUGGCAAACAAGUUCAUACGAUUUUUAAGCAUGUGCGUGCUAGGUCUUAUUAUGACGUGUGGCGGCACAGUUCUCACAAUACACUUGAGCAGUCGAUUCUUUGAAGGUACAGCGGUUGGAUGCAAACUGUACUGGACAAACGAAGCUAUGGGAAUGGCUGCAGGCCUAACGUACAUGGCAUUUCUCGUUGCUUUUCAAGUUAUACUCCUUUUUCUGCUGGUCUACCCAAUGUGCAUACACCAGUCACCCACAGCCAGCAUUAAACAAAAACACAUUAAGCUAAUGAAAAGAGUUAUUGCUACUUCUACAGUAGCGACUGUCGUCGAUUUGUUCUGCACCCUCUCUGGUGCGCUAUUCUUAACUGAUACCUACAGUCCAUUGCGACAGGUAAUUUACAACCUGGACCACACAAUAUCCAUUAUCUGUAUCGUGUUUUCCUUUCGAGAUUGGAAAGCAAGACUCUUACCGUUUCUUGUACGUUCAAGAACUGUCACUGGAACCGUGAGGCGAAAGUUUCAAAUGAACGACAGGCCAAUAAGAUCUUUAAAUCAAACGCUGGCAACAGAAAGCAGCUCGUCCAACGGCUGAGCGGCGUUAAGGUUUUUAAUGUUGUCGAAAGUUAAAUGGGUGUGGCGGCUUUAAGUAUUCCUUACUGUGAUUUGUAUAACUUAAAAGAUGAACAACAAGAGCACAAGGCAUGACUACUGUGGUACGUUAUAGAUUGCAGCUAUUUGUGUGUGUGUUUUUAAACUUACGUUUAGUGACUAAUAUCAGGAUGUGACCAAUUCGUGAUUUUUUUUGCGCCGUUAUGUAAUAAAAUAUAUGUUCGUUUAAUGACACAUUUCGAGUUGAGUUGUGUGAUAUGGUUGUGUAAAUAAACAACAGCCACAACUUCGCCAGCAUAGAAAAAUAUACACCAAGAACAAUGGUUAUACUGUGUUAGCGUUCGUGUUUAUUUUAUUAGACUUCUUACAUGUGUGGCAUAUAGUACUAAGGGGUAAUAUGGGACACCGUUAACACAUAAUAUCCAAACACCCUGAUCUUGUUUUCAACAACUAACAAAGGUGUGUGGGAGUCGCGAAAAUACAGUUUUAUAAUUCUUUGAGGGUUAAUUUGUUUACAAUCGAAUGGUACUAAUAAACAAAAUAAGAAUUAGGGUGUCCCAUUUUCCCCUCACCCUACUAUACAGUAAGCACUUUCUUUUACAUUUUCGUUUAUUGUAUUUUUUAUGUGUGAGAUUUAACACAUCCGCUGGAACGAAAGGCAACACCGCAAUAAAGUGUCUAAAAAUAUAUAGAAUAUUCACCUUUGUUGCAAAAAAAGAAAAGUUCAAAUAAAAACUGGAAAAAAAACUUGUGAAACCAUCGUUUACAGAAUUCUGUUAUGGAAUAGGAUUUACCCAGUGAUAUAAUUACGGGUUGAUCUUUGCGAAGAAGAUUGUCGCUUCUGUUUCAUAUUACAGAAAGGGAAGAGUCUACGGCGCCAAUCAACGAAAGACAACAUCACGAAUAUGAAUCCAAGUACAAGUUCACCCUCCCAAAUCACGAUGAGAAGGAAAACUGAUUCCUUGUACAGCGCGCUCGUGAGCACUGAUACCGUUAUGAAGAUACUGAUGCAUAAGCAGUCUGCUACCAGCACUCGUUUUAUAAGGCUCAUUAGAUCUACAGCGUGUUUCUUUCCGAGGCUGGACGACCUAACUUGCCGACUGUGCUUAAUAAGCGGGUAGAUGAGCAAGCCUAGGAAUAAGACACGGUAAGUAACCAGGAGAGUUAUGGUCACUGCAAGGACGACAUGGUUUGGAAUUAAUUUGAUCAGUUCGUUCUUUUCCACCAUACACGUCAUGUCAACUCCGUCCGUUGCUUUGUAACCGACUAAAAACGUCACGAACGAAAGCGCUGUUGAAAUGAUCAUGAUGAUGUAGAACGCCCAGCUUAUUAGAGUCGUGAAUGGUGACGUAAGAUGACGCAUAGCAGGGUGAAGGUAAAAAAUCUUCUGUCUCAACCAAAGAAUUGAGUUCAAUAAAAUCUCCGUAGUUGA